AUGACGUCAACUACCAGGGUGCCUUCUUAUUUCACUGAUGUGCAGCGACGUGCUGUUCAUGCUGCUACACAGUAUGCUGGCCUAAAUGCGCUUCGUGUCAUGAACGAGAGCACGGCCAUUGCGCUCACAUACGGGAUCUACAAGCAAGAUCUACCAGAAGAGUCGGCUAAGCCGCGCUAUGUAGUUUUCUUGGAUGUAGGCCAUGCCUCUACCCAAGCGAGUAUCGUUGCCUUCCACAAGGGAAAACUGCAGAUGCUCGGUACUACGUAUGACCUUGGUGUUGGUGGAAUUUGGCUAGAUGAUCUUAUUCGAGAGCAUUUUGCUCAAGUUUUCAAGAAGACCUACGGUAUGUUUUAGCU